AUGUACAACACACAUCGCGGGAUGGUUCCCCCCCCGAACUCCCGUCUGACGGAGUUACUGGAUCAACUGCGCCAGGAAUUCGAGACCCAAACGCGGAGUACUGGCGAGUUUGAGCACCAGCUGACCGGACAGCUCCAGGAGAUGGAGAUGAUCCGACAGAAGGUCUAUCAACUGGAACAAGCGCAAAUCAAGAUGAAGCAAGAAUAUGAAAAUGAGCUGCGAGUGUUGCGACACGAGCUCGAAGCCCGCGGUGUUCAGACUGUGUCUCACAUUGCCGGCCCUGCGCAGCAUGCGGGCCCUUCCCAGGCCCCCCACCCGCUCUGGGCCAUGGCCCUAGCAACCUGUUCGGAUCAGCAGCCUCCCCAGCAUACCCUUCAACAGCCUGCUCCCGCCGCUCAGCCAGGAGCGCCGCCACAGACGCAGAGCUCUUUUGGAGGAUAUCAGUCUGGUGCUGCUGUGAACGGUUAUGGCCCUCCUCCCCCGCCAACCGCAUCUCCUGGUCCCGGUAAAAGACCCCGCGCCCCUGGUGCGCCUGCUACCCCGCAGCAGAGUCACCAGCUUGGGUACCCAGACCCUCGGGUUUCGCCUCAGUUGGCCCGCCCCACUCCCCCCAACGCCGCCAUCGUUCGCGACCACCCGGGGAAUAUGCUGGCCAACUGGAACCCCGACGACUUGCCUGCCUCGCAAAAGCGUGAGGGUGCCGAUUGGUACGCCGUGUUCAACCCCGAGGUGCAACGCGUGCUGGAUGUGGAGCUGGUCCACCACCUGGUCCAUGACAGUGUCGUUUGCUGCGUUCGUUUCAGUCGCGAUGGCAAGUACCUUGCCACCGGCUGCAACCGCUCGGCUCAGAUCUUCGACGUGACCACCGGCCAGAACGUGGCCACUUUGCAGGACGAAAACGUGGACAAGACAGGUGAUCUCUACAUUCGCAGUGUCUGCUUCAGCCCCGAUGGCAAGUACCUCGCGACCGGCGCCGAGGAUAAGCAGAUUCGCGUUUGGGAUAUCGCUGCGCGAACCAUCAAGCACAUCUUCAGCGGCCACGAGCAAGAUAUCUACUCCCUUGACUUCGCCGGAAAUGGUCGGUACAUCGCGUCCGGUAGCGGCGACAAGACCGUGCGACUCUGGGAUAUUAUGGAGGGCAAGUUGAUCUACACUCUGAGCAUCGAGGACGGCGUGACCACGGUGGCGAUGUCUCCCGAUGGCCACUACGUCGCCGCCGGUUCUCUGGACAAGAGCGUCCGCGUCUGGGAUACCACCACCGGCUACCUGGUGGAACGCCUGGAGAACCCCGAGGGUCACAAGGAUAGCGUUUACUCGGUCGCCUUCGCUCCCAAUGGCCGCGACCUUGUCAGUGGCAGUCUGGACAAGACCAUCAAGCUUUGGGAGCUCAGCGUUCCCCGAGGCAGCUAUUCCAACAGCGGUAUCAAGGCCAGCAAAUGCGUGCGAACCUUUGAAGGUCAUAAGGACUUUGUGCUCAGCGUGUGUCUGACUCCUGAUGGACACUGGGUCAUGAGUGGUUCCAAAGAUCGCGGCGUCCAGUUCUGGGACCCGAUCACCGGUAAUGCGCAGAUGAUGUUGCAAGGCCACAAGAACUCCGGUACCGUCACCCAUCGUCAUGCGGAUUGA